UCCGACCCGGAAAAGCCUUACGUUUCUGGCUGACCUCAGUCUGGCGUUGCACGCCUUAUAGCAUUAGCCUCAUUGAAUGCAUACAGGAAGCAUUCCAGCAAUAAAAUAAACCGAUAGUCGGAUCUUUAACGACGUAUUUACCACACAUUUAGGUCGAAACGGUCCUGCAGGCCAAAACAAGAAACAUGGCCACAAUCGAGGAGCUUUCACCGGUGUCUGUGCGACCACCAGAGGACGAGAUUGACGACGAUGAAGAUGAAGAUCUGGAUGAGACAUUGAUGGAGAGGCUAUGGGGCCUGACAGAGAUGUUUCCUGAUACAGUGCGUACAGCUGCAGAGGUGUCGGCACAGUGCUCAGUCUCAAUAGUUAAGAAGUUAUACACCUUUUCCCGCGCUGCACUCUGGGUGGGCACAACCUCUUUUAUGAUCCUGGUGCUGCCAGUGGUGUUUGAGACAGAAAGACUACAGCUGGAGCAACAGCAGUUACAGCAGCAAAGACAGAUUCUUCUGGGACCCAACACUGGAAUGUCUGGUGGGAUGCCGGGCAUGAUGCCCCCUGCACCUGGCAAAAUAUGAGCGAAAGGAAGGGUCGACACAAGGCAAAGAUCUGCUGAUAUUACUACAGCAGGGCUGUUCACAAGGAGAGGCAGGGAGACCAGGGAGAAGAGCAGAGAACUGCAGAAUAAAAAAGUUAAAUGAAGAGGGGGAAAACUGGCAACGUGUGUUUAAUGAAUCAGAGCUGAAGGGGGAGGAUCCAAAGCAUCAGCCACUCUUUUCUCACUGUCUCUCCUUUGUUCCAACAUCAUGCAGAGACUGAGUUUCCUGGAGCACUGCUUCUGUUCUCUUUUUUCCAUUAAAAUACACACUUAUAUCAGCAUGAGCACUGCAAACAAGGCAGAUAUAGGUGUAUGAAUUGUAAGAAAAAAUAUCCAGAGGUAACUGAAUAUCUUGGUGUGUGUGCGGUCUGUAGAACAUUCAUAUGGUUUAGUUUAUACUGUUGUUCACUGUAAUUUUGCAGUUUAAUUAUAAUGUUUGACAGAAGUGAUUGGGUAAAAGGUGAGAUAGAUUCACAAUAACAUGCAAUGCGUUUGCCACAGAGUGCCCAUGUUUGAAAUACUGUGACUAGACUAAACACAUUUAAUUUUCAUCAAUUUUUAAAUUUUCAGCAGUUAAAUUAGGCAGCAACACCAAGUUUUUGUGCUCAAUAAUAAACGAUUGUUAGGUCUAUUUUAAUGGGUAAUAUAAAGAGUACAAGACUUUCUUAAUAUCAUUGCCUCAAUAUUUUACCCACUUUAAAGGAAUGUGGUCUUUCUGUGUUCAUCCAAAUGUUUUUUUUUUCAUCAUGGCUGUCAAUAAAACACCAAAUCAAA